CAUUUAGUCAUCCCAAAAAUGUAAAAGAAGCUAUUGAUGCAGCUAAACAAGUUGAAAGUGGAAAACCUGAGAGAAGAAAGCCAAAAGAUGAUAGAAAUCCUACAAAAGUUUGGGAUACAAAGGCUUGGGAUAAAAAGGAU